GAAUAAAGCGUUUAUAUUAUAUUAUAUGUAUGAGCGCCCUCUUUGUUAUCGCAUUCGCUUACAGUCGUAUUUUACUAAGACACUUCAGUUGACUUCAGACAUGAAUUUCGAUCAGUUCACACCGAAAAGCUAUCCAGUUAAUUUAAUAGAUAAAGACUGGACUCAGCGCAAAUUAUAUUUUUUAAGUCCAGCUAAAUCUGUGCCCGAUGCGAUUCACGAUAUGGAGGUAUUCGAAGAUGAUGUUUGGAUUGUCACCAAUCCUAAAAGUGGCACCACUUGGAUGCAGGAACUUGUUUGGCUUCUGAUGAAUGAUUGUAAUUUCGAGGCAGCACUCACUAAAGAUCUGGAAUUACGAUCGCCAUAUUUAGAAUUUGAUUAUAUGAUGCACCGCGAUGUUGAAAGAGCUCUAAAGCCUGUACAGGAGCUGGAAUCCCCCCGUAUUAUAAAAUCGCAUCUUUCACUGGGCUUGUUGCCCGCUCAACUUUGGCAAAAUAAAGCAAAAGUAAUCUACGUGUUUCGAGAUCCAAAAGAUGCUUGGAUAUCUGGCUAUUAUCACGGUGUUACUAUUGGUUUUGGAUAUGGUACAACAUUAGAGCAAUACAUGGACGAAUUAUUAGAGAAGGAAGCCGCUAGAAGAGAUCCAGUUCUUCAUGCCUAUGAGUUUUAUCAGAUACGCAAUGAACCUUGGGUUUACUACACAAGUUUCAAUCGAAUGAAGCAAGAUCUGAGGAAAGUAAUCGACGAUUUAUGCAAGUUUCUGAACAAGACUGUGACAGAGCAACAAAUGGAACGUUUGCUAAAGCAUUUAUCAUUUGAGAAAAUGAAAAAGAAUCCGACAACGAAUCAUCACUGGGAGUAUGCUCAAACACAUCAUCCGAACAAAGGCAAAGAAGUCCACAAUUUCACACGCAGCGGAAAAGUUGGUGGGCAUAAAGAAGAACUGAAACCUGAACAAAUCGAAAAAGCUGAUCAUUUUAUAGUGGAAAGACUGGAGGCAAAUCAAGUCACACUCGAACAACUUUUGUUAGGAGUUGUGGUUUCCACCUUCUUGGCAUUAUCCUCCUUGGAAGAGGGGCCAGUCUGUGUGAUCUGCACCAGGCGCUCAGUUGGAGGCGGAGGCAGUUUCUUCAUGGGAGCUGUGAUGGUCAACAGACCAUCGGAGGACAGCGAUGAGGUGACUGAAUCUGGAUUGACAUCACCUGAUCAAGAAAAGCAAACAGAAUUGUUAGCAAAGGAUUUUCGAAGACGAGAAAAUAUCUCGUUACGCACUGGGAAGCUGGUAACGUCUGGAGAAUUGACGGGAGACAAAGCCAUGCUCGUCCUGCUUCUCCUCAUGCUUGCCCUCGACAAUGACAAAUCUGUCCGCAACCUUGACGGUAAUCUCGUUGGGGGAGAACUGCUGCACAUCCAGAAUAACCUCGAAUUUCUCGCUAUCAAUGUUCAGCGUGGAGCCAGACUCCUGCUUCUGCAGGCUGUUGGCCGAUCGCUGCCAUGGACGCAGAUAACCAGAGCGCAGAACUGUGGGGCGAGAGUUCCAGACGGACGACAAGAGAUCGUCACGCUUCAGACCCUGUCCAAAGUGCUGAUCCAAGAGGCGCGAGCCCAAAAAAAGGAAGCACUCGUCACAGGACAUGCAUUCGUGUCUCGGCAUCGUCAUCUGAAACUCUCUCUCUCUCUCUCGGUCUCUGUGUUUGUGUGUGGGAGAGUGCGUGUGGCAUCGGCAUCGGCAGCGGCUGUGAUUGUGGCAGUGGCAGAGCGUCAUGUGAUACGCGAAACUGGCUGCGAAAACAUAACAAAAACAGCAAUUACGAAACGCAACGCAAUGCAAAAGGCGCUGCCCGUGACAGACUUGUCCCUGCCCCGAACUGGAGUUGGACGCUGCUGGCUGCUCGUGCUCGUCGUGCUGAUGGCGUUGACAACGCCGCUGCAUGCCAAUGGUGCUGAUGGGCAUCUGACCAAGCGCUACUCGGACCAGAGUGUGCACGGUUAUAUGACUGAGCGCACUUGCUGGUGGAAUGAAGUCUGCAAGGAGGAGUUCCAAAAUCUAUUUCGUUGCAAGUGUCCACAGUUCUCGUAUUGCCGCUCGCCGGGACGAUAUUAUAAUGCCUACUGCUCUAUGACGGAUACCGGAUAUAUUUGGACUCAACUGGCGAUGGGCCCCGUCGAGCGCUGAGCGUGUGACGUCAAACAUAUCGCAGUAACAGCAACAACAACAAUACCAACGGCAGAGGCAGCAGUAACCCAAACACUGCCUGCUGAUAGUAUGCAACCAUUACCCAAGUGGCCUCCAACCUAAUGUUCUAAAAACUAUCGCAAAUGCUAAUUGGUUUUUAAUCACAAUUCAAACAGUUAACCGAGGCUCCUCAAAUGACAAUAUAAAAGACAUCUAGCUGGAUCUAGUUUAUAAUGUCGAUUGUGGAGACUCCCCCUAAAUGUAGUCAAAACAAAUAACAAAUAUUCACACGCUUUGUAUUUGUGUGCGUAUAUCUCUUGGAUUCUUUUUUGUUUUUCGAUUUGUAUGCCCAAUAAAAAA